AUGUGGGCUUGCGAGAGAAUGAACGCCCAUGAGGCCAUCAGUGCCGUAUUCGGGUUUGAUGCGUCGACUACACCAAAAGACACAUGCAAACAACUAUUCCUGGAGUAUUUGACAUUUCAUCUACAAAGCUCCGGUGCGGCUAAUCUGUUCACCGAUUUUCUCAACCAAUUUGAGCACGAACUUUCAAAUACCUGCUCAUCAAAACAGUUGUCCGUGACUAACGAGGAGACAAAACUGUUUGACCGUUUCCUAACCUUGUUGAUCGAAUUCAACACCCAUGUGAACCAAUUUUUGACGAGCACAUUCAAAUGUCCGACGAUGCAGUUUGAACCGUCGCAAAUUCCCAAAUCCCUGUGGCGCGAAAUUCAGACUUGUCUGGCUUGCGUUGUUCUACCCGCUGAUCUUUGUGCUCGUCUGCACGCGUUGCUCGAAGUUUAUCUCCGUUUGGAACUGGAAUUGGCGGAGACGCAAGAUGGCUGUUUUCAUGUGUUCUCAGCGAUUCUACCGGGGGCUUGUGACACGUUCAAGCAACAGACCGUACAAUGUGCACGCAUUCAGAGUCAAGCAAAUCAGCCGCUAAUGCUGACACGGUUUUUCACCCCACUCUGCCUACCUUUCGCCCGAUCUGCUCUGACUAUUCGGGUGAGCACAUUGUGCACAGACAACUUCUCGGAACAUUUCUUGGAAGCCAUUCUGGACUAUAAAGAGAAAGUUUUGAAAGGUCUAUGGCUCCGGAGUGUUUUUGAGCAUUGUGAGAAACAGGUCACACUUAUAUCUCCUCAGUUGUCUGAUUCGCUUGUGUAUGAGGUGUUCUACGAGGUUCGGAAGAGCGAUCUGUUCUCGUUGAUUAUUGAAUAUCCGGACUCGAUUGCCGCUUUACUGGAUCUUGGCAAAUGUGUGGAUCACAUAUCUGUGAGGCGGGAUUUAAUUGCGCAUCUCACAGAAGAGGUCAAGCAACGUUUGCUGCACCCUGGGGUUCACACGGAGCAAAUUCUGGUCGCAUACAGUUAUCUGGUUCGGGCAUUGCGUCUUGUGGACAAAUCUUACCUAACUCAGGACAUUGUGUGUCGGCCCGUUUCUCUAUGUUUGCGUCAACGGGAAGACGCGGUGCGUUGCAUUGUGGAUAAGUUGAUUUCCGCCCCGGAAUCGGGCAAAGACGAAAUUGAAGCGGAAACAGACGAGCCGGUUGGAUCAACCACUGAGCUUCACUCGGAACUGUUGUUGCCCAAACCAUUAGAAGUAGAGCCGGUCGACGGUGCCGAAGAUAGUGAUGCCGAUGUUGUUGCCGAAGAUCCACCGUUUGAUGCCGAUUGUCAUGUGACGAACGACGAUGUUCCAGAUACGCCCAAAUCGGAACCCGAUGCCACAGUUUGGGGAGCCAAUUGGCAACCGGAUCCAGUUGAAGCCAUGUAUCAGGGUGGUUUGUGGCGUCGUCGAAUGGAUUUGCUCAGCAUGCUUGUCAGCAUUUAUGGAAGCAAAAAGGCAUUUUUGGUCGAGUACAAACAACUCCUCAGCCAACGUCUCCUGAAGCAACGAUCUUUUCAUACGGCUCGCGAACUCCGUAAUUUGGAGCUGUUGAAACUGCGAUUCGGUGAACAGAAUCUAGUCGAGUGUGAAGUAAGUGUUGAACAAGUGUAA